UCCGUCGAAGGAGUAGGAGGUCCGGGUCGCCAUAUUGGCUGGUUGCGAGAGCCUUCCGUCGUCGCGGUGAGAGCCGAGCUGUCGUCCGCCCAGCUGAGUUGUUAACGCGCACGUGAGAGAGCUUCACGGCUCGAUCGAAUCGCCGCGAUUUCGACAGUGCAGGCCGGCACCCGGGGGCGUUGCGAAACCGAUCCAUCAGAGGGAACCGGAUCGGGACCGGCGGCACAUCGUAUUUUCAUCUCUUUCUCUCUCCCUUUCUUUCAUUCGGUGCUGGGUUCUCGCGUUCGUUCGCCAGUUACACGGGCUAGUGGUGUGACUUUGUGUGUGCCCGCGCGCCUGUGGUUGUGUGUGUGUGUGUAACACGUUGUUUCGACGCUGUCGUCGCACCCUGAGGAACCAACAUCUCGUAGAGGUGAUUACAAACGACCCCGCCGCGCGGAUCGAGCGGUGUGCCGUGAGCUUCGAACAAGUUCGACGAGUGUGACAGCGGCGACGACGACGUCGACGAAGACGACAGUAUGGCGGGACAAACGAUAAACGACAGGCUGCUGGCAGCUAGACACAGCAUCGCAGGGCAGGGCCUCGCGAAAUCUGUAUGCAAAGCUACCACCGAGGAGAUGAUAGGCCCCAAGAAGAAGCAUCUCGACUAUUUAAUCCACUGCACGAACGAACCGAAUGUGUCGAUACCGCAGCUGGCGAAUCUGCUGAUCGAACGGUCCCAGAACACAAAUUGGACGGUGGUUUUCAAAGCUCUGAUCACGGUGCACCAUAUGCUUUGUUACGGCAAUGAGAGGUUCACACAGUAUCUGGCAUCCAGCAACAGCACGUUUCAGCUCAGUAAUUUUCUUGACAAAAGCGGCCUGCAAGGCUAUGAUAUGUCACCGUUCAUCAGACGAUACGCAAAGUACCUCAACGAGAAGGCUCUUUCCUACAGGACCGUGGCGUUCGACUUUUGUAAAAUGAAGAGAGGGAAGGAGGUUGGCACCCUGCGCACAAUGAAUGCAGAGAAAUUGCUGAAGACUCUUCCGGUGUUGCAGUCGCAGCUGGACGCACUUUUGGAGUUCGAUUGCACAGCAAAUGAUCUCACGAAUGGGGUCAUAAAUAUGGCUUUCAUGCUUCUUUUUCGAGAUCUGAUCCGACUGUUCGCCUGCUACAACGAUGGCAUUAUUAAUCUGUUAGAAAAGUAUUUUGAUAUGAAUAAAAAGCAAUGCCGCGAGGCCCUAGACUUAUACAAGAAGUUUCUCAUAAGAAUGGAUCGGGUCGGUGAAUUCUUGAAAGUCGCCGAGAACGUCGGCAUUGAUAAAGGAGAAAUACCUGAUCUAACAAAGGCUCCGAGUAGUUUACUGGACGCUUUGGAACAGCAUCUUGCCUCGCUGGAAGGGAAGAAAGGCUCUGCGGCGAACACUCCCACGCAGUCUGCAAGCAAUAGAACGAAUGUAAAGUCGGGAGUGUCCGCCCUGUCUUCCACCAGUACUGCGUUUGGAACAGCAGCCAGUAAUAAUCGCCUCGACCACACCGGGAAUGGACACAUCGACGAAGCAUUGAGGCAGCAGGCGCUCGCCGAAGAGGAGGCUGCUAUGAACCAGUACAAGGCAAAGGUGCAAUCCCCAUCGACCGGGCCAAGCACGAAUCCGUUCCUCAGUUCACCAACGAACAACGCUGAUCAGCCAAUCGUGGAUCUGUUCGGCGCGCCGACGACAGGAACCAAUGACAGUCAGUCGCAAAAAGCGUCAGAUGAUCUGCUCCAGUUAGCGGGAAAUCCGUUCGCUGAUAUGUUUGGUGCACCGCAGCCUGCACCCGGUCAAACCGCCACGCAGCCGCAGAACAACAUGUGGAUGACUAACGGUAACGGGUUCGCCGCAGUGCCACCGGCAAAUAAUAACUUUGUUACAGAUAACAGCUUCUCGUCCGUGUUCGGUAAUCAAGACUCACAGUCCGGUUUUGACAGUUUGGACUCGGUCCUGAUGCCUGCCACUGUAGCUGGAGAUAAUCAUAUUUCAGCGGCAGGGCAGCAGCCGAACGUGGCGUCCACUGGGAAAGUCCUGACCGGUGACUUGGACAGCAGUCUUGCCAGUCUUGCCCAGAAUCUGACUAUCAACAAGAGCGCGCAGCAGCAAGUCAAGGGAAUGCAGUGGAAUUCGCCUAAAAACGCUGCCAAGACUGGUGGUCCAGCUGGGUGGACACCGCAACCAAUGGCAGCCACCACCGGCGCUGGUUACCGUCCAAUGGGUCAAGGAAUGACGCAACUUCCUUCAACCACCCUGGGCUUUCCUCCCCAUUCUACAGCUCUGGGAAUGCAAGGAGUGCCAAUGGGCAUGCAGGGCAUGAGGCCAAUGAUGAACGCAAUACCUGCCGGUCCUGGUGGCAUGAUGGUUGCAGGAGGAGCCGCGCCGAUGAUGAUGCCCAACGCGAAUCUCAUGAUGGGCGGUAACCUCCAGCAACAACAACAACAACAACCACAGCAGCAGCAACCCCAGGCUGCUGCACAACCACAAAAUAAUGCAGUCCAACUCGAUCCAUUCGGUGCUCUGUGAAGAGAUUAGGAAUUCGAGUUACAGCCGAGCGGACGAAGCACCAAUUCUGUACAUACUGUGUAAUAUGCCUAGGAAAUGUGCCCUGCUUGCUCUCGUUAUUCUACGUAAAAUUCGUAACGACAAACUGGCCCUGUGUCCACCCUUCCCCCGAAGAAUAUUCCACACACACACACACACACGGAUGAAUCAUCGUGUCCAAGGAGAGGAGAGAGAAGAGGACGGCGCCGACGGAUUCCUCGUUACAUUUCUACAUGCUGAUCGAGUAUAAUCGUAUAUGCGGAUUUAUUCAAUUUACGGCGGUUGCCUUAAAGGAGAUAUAUAUAUAUACAUAUAUAUAUAUAUACACACACAGAGACACACA